UUAUCUCGAGCUUUAUAUAAAUUAAUAAAUUUGUCUCGCUUGUUAUUUUUGUUUGGUUAUAAACAUUUUUAUACUUUACGCUCUUUUCUAUUCAACAGCAAUUGAUUCGCUUUGAAUAGAUGAAGAUGUCUAUUAUUCGCGGGCUAAUUAGCCGUGUACACUACACUGCAUUUAACUGACAAUUAGCCGUGGGCAAUGACGUAAUUUAUCAUCACAAUAGGCAGACGUCAAAUUGAAAUGGAAUUUGAUUCCAUCAAAUCAUUUAUCAGUAUUCGAUACUAUUUCUGGUGAUUCAUUAGGUAUUCGAUAGAUCAGUGAGAUUGUUAGAGAGAAAUGCUUUAAAUAUUUGGUAUAAUGAGGAACUACUAAUUACGGAUGCAAUUAAAAUAGCAAGAUAAUAAAGGCUUACCGUACGUAAAGGCGUAGUGAGCCACCGAUGUAAUAUAUUAGGACUUUUCCUAUUACUGUUUCGGAAGCUAUCUUCGAUAAGAGAGCUCACUUCUUUUUUUAUGAUUUUCUUCGAUUUUGAUACCAACGAAUUUGCCAUUUGUUGGUAAAACGAUUGAUCUUUAUAUUACGGAAAAAGUUAUGACUAACACUGAUAGAUGGAGCCUGUAUUAAUUAUUACUUUAGUGACUUUCUGUUCUUGUAUUGGUAUCUCAAUGUAAAUUAGUGGGUCAGAUUUUUGACAUCCGAAAGCAGUCAAUUCUUGACAAUAAUUGUAUCAUUCUUUUGAAUUUCAGUACGUGAAUAAAUAAUAUUAGUAACUAUUCUUUUUGUCUGGCUGCCAUGUAUUGGGGACAAACUGGUGGGACAUAGAGUACAGUAGAAAAUUAUUGAUCAGGAUAUGAAAAAAAGAAUGCACUGUUUUACAGUGAUACGUGUUGUACUACUGAUGAUUUGUAAUAUAAAAUGAUUAUCAUUGUUGUGUUUUCAAUGAGCUGUAUGGAAUUAAAGGGUGAACUGAUAAAGAGGCCACGAUAAAACUGGAUUAUGUUAAUUGUGUAAACAAGGAUAUUGUUGAAGGAUACUGAAAGUAAAAACGUAAUGGGGUCUGAACAAAGUUCUCAAGGAGCUGGAGCACACAGUGCCGAUGGAGGCAGAACUAGAACUGUACAUCUACGAAGAGGAAAGAGCGUUCCUAAUCGUGAGAGACUUCCUGAUGAUACACCUCCAAGAUGUACCAGUCCAGGACCAAGCAUUUGUUCAGACUCAGAUCUCCCUUAUAUAUCGUAUACUGUUAAUAGACCAAUUGGAGAUUCUCCAAAAAUGACUAAUAAGCAGUCACAGCUUCAUCGAGGGAAAAGUUUAGGUGGCCAGGAGAUAUCUAGACGAAAGUCUAGUCUGGUAGCUAUAGGACACAGGAAGCCUUUGUCAGACAAGGCACAUAGUAUUGUUGUGGUAAAACCUGCAAUUUCUGAUCCAACAGCUGAUAAGGAUCCAGAUCUUGUGAAAUUACAGAGCAUUCCAAUGUUCCUUCCGAUAAUGCGUGGAACAUUAAACCUUCCUCCUGGAAUUCGAGAUCCUGAAGUCUUGGAAAGACUUGAUCCUAUUGGAUUGUUCAAUCUUUGUGCAAGAUAUCAACAUCAUUUAAAUACUAAUGCACAAAUGAUCACAGGAGAACAAUCAGCUUUAUGCACUAAUAUUGAUGCAGAAAUUAUUAAGAUUCUCAACUUGGCAGUGGAAAGGCAGAAAAGAUUUUCUAAAUUUGCAGAACAACUUAAUAAGGUUCAUGAAUUAAGCAGACAGUUGACAAAGUGUCAUGUACAACUCAAUCAGACUUUAGAGAGUAUCGAAACAUUGAAUAAUUUACUGCCUGUUGAGGACAGGCUCGAACCCUUCGUAUGGACUACUGGCUAAAAUGUAUCUUGAAUUACAAACUUUCCUAGUUAUUGGAAAAUGGUUUCAUGGAUUUGGAUUUAUAUUAUGUUGGGUCUAUUUCUUGUGUAAUUACCACAGUUGCAUAAUAAUAAAAAAUGUUAUUUAAUUGCGAGACUAA